AUGCGAAUGGUGACAGCCAAGAUCCAGGCAGGCAUCGCGGCUGACCACAUCCGCAAGGUUUGUUGCCUGGCUGCAGUUGUGUUGGGCCUCGGCGUCUGUACCUGGUGUACCGCAACAGCGCCCGUCGGCGUACUUCUCGCUUCUCGGGAUAACCUGGUCUUGUUCGAGGUCGCAUUGUCUGAUAGGAAACGUCGUGAGACGGACAAAGAGACUGAGCCGCUAUUGCAUGACCAGACAUCAACAGGCUCUGCCCCUGUGGUAGAGAACACGGUUGCAGGCCUCACUCAUGGGCGAAGACUGUGA